AUGGCACCCGCCGCUGAGGUCAUGCCCGCGCAGCGGCGGCAUGACCCUACAUCUGAGUCUGGCUGGGUCUCCUCCUAUGCAAUGCUGAGUCUUUGCAAGGCGCCUAGCGACACCACCCGCAGCCCAACUCAGUCGGAGCCCUCGAGCUGCCCGUCGACGCCACCCACCAGGUGCAGCAGCAAGCCUUUUGCUGCUAGACUGCGGAACUACGAUUCUGUGGCCAAUGCAGAGAUGUGGAAAUGGUUGUGGCUCGACUUCGCUGCGCCAGUGCAGGCGUCUGUUCCACGGCUCAUCAGGAAGUCCAUGCGCAAGUGCUCUAAGAGCUCUGCGAGUUUAGCGAGUCUGGACUCCAUGGACAUCGAGGGGCUUGACACCAUCACCGAAGAGCAUAGCGUGGGCUUAUCACGCAACUCGCUGCUCGGGGAGGGGUCUCUGGGAGCUGCUGUGUUCACUUUGGUCUCCUCCGCCAUGGGCGCAGGCUGCCUUUCGCUUCCGUUCAUGCUGAAGAACUCAGGUAUCAUAUCUGGACUGUUGAUGCUGGGACUGGGGGCAGUCUUGGCACACCUGUCGUUGGUAGUUCUGAUGAGCUGUGCCCGAUAUACAGAGUCGGAAAGCAUGGCCCAGCUCGUGGCAUUGGCACGCGGCCGGGGCUCCGGGCACAUCGUGGAUGUGGUCAUUGCUGUUUAUGGGAUAGCGGCCGUACUCUGUUACCUGAUGUUCAUCGGCGAUUUCUUUCUUGGCAUUGCUAGGUCGCCUCUCUUGGAUCUGCAGGUCUCAAGGGAGACCCUCAUAGUCUGCAUUGCAGUCGCAGUGGUUUGGCCGCUCUCCCUGCCGCGGCGGCUCUCAGCCCUUCGAUACGUUUGUGUGCUGAGCGUGCUGGCCAUCGGCCUCACUGCCUUGGUCGUUACCUGGCGAGCGCCGAGCUAUGCUCAGCACAGGAGUGCUGCGGCUAAUACGGACGAGAAGUGGCAGCUCGUCUGGUGGAACAGCGACCCGUACGCGGCUCUGCAGUCCUUCAGCAUUGCCUUGUUCUCUUUUGCGGCGCACACGAAUGCAGUACCCGUUGCGACUGCAUUGAAGCAAGCGGAUGGUGGAAGCAUCUGGCGAGUCUCUCUGUACUCAGUGUGUAUUGAGUUGGUCUUCUACACACUGAUGGGCUUGGCUGGAUACGUGUCUUUUCGAGGAUACACCGAGCAGGACUUCAUCCUCAAUUACCGAAAUGAUGACAUGCUGAUGUUCUUGGUGCGUUGCAUUUAUGGCGUGGUUGUCUGUCUGGGAGCGCCGAUCAACUUGUCACCUGCCGCCUCAAGCAUUUUGGGUCUUCUGGGCAGCGAGCGCAGGACCCCCAAGAGGCACUUCAUCGUGGUGACCACAAUCAUCGCCAGCUGCGUCUGCGUGGCGCUCUGGAGUGAGAAGGUGGCAGACGUGAUCGGCCUGAUUGGUGCCAGCUUUGGCUCGCUGAUCGUGCUGGCAUGGCCCGCUAUGAUCUACCGCCAGGCUAUGUUCGACACUUGUCAAAGAUUGUCGACCGGCUUGCCCUGUUAA